AAUGAUUGUUUAAAACAUGGUUCGGUCUUGAAUUAUUGUGACAAUAUCUAAGUAAAACUGACCGGAGUGUUAGGCUGCUGGCAUGGCUACUAAAACUAAAGAUAUAGACAUAUCACGAUGAUACGAAAACACUCAGGGUAUUGGUUGCAAGUUGUGUGUAUGACGGUGUAGUAGUAGUACACGGCAACGAGGUGUUGGUGUUUCCCCAUUGUCAGUGCUGCAAUAGCAUAUUGACAACCAUCAAGCUUAGUAAUUACAAACGCAAUACCUAAAACAUCAGAACAUUGUUAUUAAACAUUUAGAUUUAGACUGGCGACUCAUCAAUCACACGGAACGAGAUAGUCAAAAUACAGAGUUUCUGGAAAUGCUUGUAAACUACGCAUCAGACUACAAGAUAUGCACUCGUAUAAGUGAAGAUUACACUGAUGACUCAGCUUGGAUGUCGUGAAAUAUGUACAGUGCAAAUAAAGUAGGACACCGACACCAAAUGAAUAUAAAGAACUGCAAAGAAAAACUGCAAAGAUGAUUUUAAUAUAGGGUGUUAUCGGAUAACCGGGAGAAAAUAUUCUCUACUUGAAGACAAUGGCCCGUUGGUCUAAACAGUCGACGGAAGUGAAGCAACAAAAAUGUGAAAGCACCGCAGCAGAAGAAUGGUCCUCACCGGAAGAACGACGUUUGGAGGAACAGGCCAGAUCUCACUGCCCUGUAGCCUGAAUCAUUCUUGUUCUGACGGCCACUCGUGGCACAGGCAUAUCAACUCGUCUCGCCAAAGAAGUGAAAUCACCUGUGGUGACGUCAGGUGGCAGAUAAAAAUGUUUUUCUCGAGAGUGAUGGAGAAAUCUUUAUUUAUAUUUGCGUGGAUGCUUUCUCUAGGGUCAGCUCAGGUAUUGUCGAACGACCAACCUGGGAUUGAUUCACAGUUGGAGCCUCGGCAAGCACUGCUCGGUUCACCUUUCCUGAAUCCAAUCCUUGCCUCAGCUUUCAAUCCAUUACGUUUGGGUGUCCCAGGUAGUCUUCCUCUGCAACAGCAGCUGCUCCCAUAUGGUCUUGGUCUUGGAGGCCUCUCAAAUCUAGGUGACAGGAAUGGCCUGCAAGCAUUGGCUGAACUCCAAGGUUUGCCUGAUUUACAAGGGUUACAAGAUCCACAAAGUUCCCUUCUUAAAAGGAUUGGACCAUUCGGUUUACCUAACAGACUUGGCACCGGUCUUAUAAACCCAAGAGCUCUAGGGCUUGGCUCUCUCCUCCCAGGGCUCAGGGGUGGACUUGGAGGACGCGACUCAGUACGAGAUCUCUUGGGAUAUUACCUCAAUGCUGAUGGUAAUGAUGGAAGAGGACUGUCAAAUUCUCUCCAGUUUUCAGACAGAAAUCAGUUACAACCACAAUCUGGAUUUACUCCAACAUACACCGGAGAAAGUAACAGAAAUGAGAAUCAAGAGCUCAAUGAGUUCCUCGCCAGUCUACAGAGGGCACCUCAGAAUGGUCUUGGAGGACCUUUGGCACCUGCUUUUGGGUUAAGAAGAUUACCAACGGCUUUGCCAGCAAAUCCUUUCCUUGGAGGAGGUUCAAGAUUCUUGCCGACUAUUCCAAUACAACGCAAAGGAUUAGAGUUUGACAGUGAGCACGAUACUGCUGACGAUAUUGGGUCAUUUGACAGGGGAUUCGGAAACCUGAACUCAAGGCAACAAGAUGUUAACACCGAUGGUGAUGGAUAUUUCAUAUUCCCAAACUAAUCGCUUUUCCUUGAUAGCAGAGUGUGCAACUCUAUGUAUACUAUAUUUGUGUUCUUUAGAUAUCCUCACAGUCUUAAAUUAAAUUAAUUCGGGACAUAAAUUAAUUAUGUCCCAAACAGAAAUUCAAUGACUAGGCGAAGGAAAUAACGAAGGAGUUGGCGCACGCGUACCUACACAUAUAGUUCAUGAAACAAGAACAAACCCAAAUAUAUUUUGUGAAGCAGUAAAAUAUCAACAUGUUAAUAAUUGAAUGAAAAUGAAAUAGCAAUGUUUACAAUUAUCAAAACUUUGUUUAGAUGAUAGGCAGAAUAAAAAUUCCAAUAUUACAAAGAAAAUUUUCAUCUACCAAUGAACCAUAGUGACAAAAAAGAGCGAGACAACGUUAUAAAAAUGUAAUUGACAUACGCAGUGUAUAAUUUUACGGUGAAUGCUCUCUUACCCAGAUAUAUAAUUAUUCGUUCAAGAUUAAUACAUCAAUUACAGCUUUAUCUGCAAAGGUAAAAACUAAUGAAAAUGGACGUCCAUAGGCCCACUGAUCCUAAGAAUAGUUUGAUAUGUAUUCACAAUAAAACAGCAAAUGCAAA